AUGUUGGCUGCAGUAGGGAGCCGCGGGCAGCCUCAGGAGCUCUCGCGGUCACAGUAUGUCGGCGCCUCGUCAUGCCGCCGAGACCUGUCGCGUGCUCCGACGCGGGCGCGGAGCCGACAUGUGGUGCCUGCGCGGCGAGCAUGCGGCACUCUCGAUAUCUCUGAGGACUUUGAUGCGCGGAUGCGAAGCGAAGAGCUCUUUGCGCAUCCGCAGAUCGACAUGUUUCGCCCGUCUGAGCGUCGGGCGCCCUCGACCGCCCCUCGGAAGAAGAGCGACAUGCCAAAGAAGCCCAUCGUCGCUCCGCGCUUCUACGAUGCCAGCUCCGGCGUGCGAAAAGCCAAGGCGGAAGCGACUGAAAAGGAAACGGCGUCCUCGCGCCGAGGCACCCCCCUAAAAUACAUCGGAUGCCCGCCGGCGGAGCCGCGCCUGCGACCCAAAAAAACCUCCACUGGCCUGGAGGAACGCCUCGAGAAGGCAGGCGGAUACGGCGUGCAGAUUCAUUGGGAUGAGUACGCGGGCUACCACGUACACGCCACGCCGCCAACUGUCGACUUGAUGCAUAGCGACGAAGUUCUCCUCGUGAGAGACUCGCCGGAGGACGAGCCCACCUGGGAGGUGAGCGGCUGUCGAGGGCCUCGGCAGCCGCUGGGUUCUGCGGGCGAGCGCGACCGCGAGUCCAGUGACGCAAAGAAAUCCGGCGUGCCCCCCUGCGGCCGCCCGCGCCGAUGCGUUCCCGUGUACCGGUUCGCCCCGAAGUUGUGCGAGAAGUCCAGGGAAAUUAUCGACCUGUAUCGGCAAGAGCGACUGGGGGAUUUGUGGAAGAAAUUGGAUGCCGCAGGAGAGGGCGUCGUCGACUUCUUCCAGCUGGCCUCGCAGGCGCAGCUGCGGAACCCGAAGAGCGCGCGGAGGUCUGCGAACGAGGCGGAAGAGAGGGAGGAGAUUCGGCGCGGCGUGCUGCGGCCUGCGGGCGCCUCGGAGAAGGCCCCCGAAGGCGCGGGCGGCUUAUCGCGCAUCGAGGAGCGCUUCGUGCAGGCCUGUCUGCCGCGUCUCAUCCAGGUGGCGGUGAGUCGCUCGAGCAAGCAGAUCCUGAGGGACGGCCAAACGCUCGGACCGCACUUCGACGCGUCCCUGCGGUUCACCCAAGCGGGCCCGCGAGGCGGCCUUAACCCGCCCGUCUCCGUGCCGACUGAGCCGCCGAUCUAUCCGUACCCCAAGCCGCCAGACCCCAUGUGCGUCGACCUGGCUCCCGACGCGGAGAGCGAGGCCGCGAAACUCGAGAAGGAGAACGCCGAGGCCGCUCGCGCGAGCAAGCGACUCGCUCGACAGCACAACCAAGUCGUGAUGCUCAACGUCGACCAGCGACUCGGCGUGGACGCCUCCGCGACACCUUCGCUUUUUGUUCCUCGCAAAAAGUUCGAGGCCGUCGCGCUGGACAUCCUCGCGCACGAGUUUGGCAACUCCGACAUCGACCUCUUCCGGGACCGCCUCAUGUGCGAGUGCCGCAAACUCGUGGAGAAAGUCAACCCCGAGGAGGCGAAGAAAUUCUUCAAGCCUUACAUCCUCGAGUACUCGCGGAAGCUGGAUGCGAAGCGGAGAAAGGCCCGCGAGCGCGAGCGAGAAGCUGAGCGUCGGGGGGACUGGCGAGUGAAGGCGACGACAGGCCUGGGGCCGCGCGCCGCGGCAUGA